AUGAUGAAUUUGUACUGUAUGAAAACACAGAAUAAUCUACUUCCUCUAAAUGAACCUGAUGAGUUAUCGAAAACUGCUGAAAUUCCAUUAAAUGAACAAAAAGUGGUCCCAACGCAUCAUUUAUAUCCUUUGGCUUCACCAUUGAAUAGAAAUCCAUGUCAUGUUAUUUAUGAUGACGGUAUACAAAGUGAUUGUUGUACAUGGUCACCUGAUCCUCUAAUCAAUGGUCCUGCUAGAUGUGGUUGUUUCAUGGCUACUAUUCUAGCUAUAUUCAGUAUUAUAUUAUUACUUAUUGGGAUAAUUUUAACUAUACUACACUAUGUAAUCGGUAUGGAAUUUUAUACAGUUAAUCGUGGUCAAACUGUUGGUCCAUUAUUAUUAGGCCUUACAAUUAUACCUCUUAUAUUUAUGAUCUACUUCAUAUGUAUAGCUAAGCAUAAAACAGCUGAUUAUUUUGAACAGUUAGCAUUGAAUUAUCGUGCCAAAGAACGAACAGCUUACAGACAAUAUCAGGCAGAAUUAGCACGAAGUUCAAUUGGAUUACAAAACUCAUCUAGAUGUAAUUAA